AUGGAUUCCACGUAUCGUGACGAGACUCCUGAGUUCUUUCAACCUACUCGUAACAUUCCACGUGUACAUGAACAAAAUGUCUUUCAAACUAUGUGGAUUGGUGCAACAGCAGGAAUGGGUGGAAUUAUUGCGGUGUAUCCAAUUGAUGUGAUUAAGACACGAAUGCAAAAUACUGUCAAGACAACAAGUGCAAUGAAUACACUUACAACGAUCUUACGGAAUGAAGGAUUUCGCUCGUUUUAUAAAGGAUUAGGUCCUCAACUUUGUGGAACAAUUCCAGAUAAAGCUGUUUCUCUUGCUACUCGUGACUUUGUAAAGAGUUUUUUUGACAAACCUCAUGAAUUUCAAGCAUCUUUGAUCUCUGCUGCUACAUCUGGUAUCAUGCAAUCGAUUGUGAUGAAUCCAGUGGAAGUAAUUAAAGUACGUUUACAACUUGAGAGUACGUUAAAACCUUUUCAAGUGAUUCAAGAACUUGGAAUUCAAGGUCUUUAUAAAGGAUAUACAGCUUGUCUUGCUCGUGAUGUUAUGUUUGCGUCAACUUAUUUUACACUCUACGAUAUGGCUAAGACAAAAAUGGGUGUACAUGAUAAUUCGUCACUUGUUUCGUCAAUGAUUGCUGCUUCAACUGCAGGAAUUCCUGCAGCUUUCUUCUCGACACCACUUGAUCUUAUAAAGACACGCAUGCAAUCCCGAAAUGCACCAAUUCAAGGCUUUCGAAAUACGUUACAACACGUUUUAGCUCAAGGUGGUGUUCGUGCUUUAUUUGCAGGAUGGGGACCACGUGUGAGUCGCAUCGCUCCACAAUUUGGAAUUGUGUUGGUUUCAUUUGAUUGGCUUUCGCAUCGUUUCAAUCCAAAUGUAAACGUGCCUGAACCUGCAGACACUGAUGCAUAUGCUGAUUAUUAA